AGACGCGCACACACAGAAAGCUGAUGGUAUAGGGUUUACAGCGCCCUUUAGGUGUUCGGUUGUGUUGUUUCGUUAACGUCGGUUUCUCCGUGUAGGAACAGUUCUACAAACUACGUUUUUCCUUAUUGGGUUAUUUAUUAGCCGUAAAAAGAAGAUCCCGAGUAUAACCUAGACAUGCAGUCAGGUUCGUGCUCACCUCCACGUAAGAGUCGGAGCCUAGGUCGUUCUGAUAGUUCUGAUUUUAAGUCCGAGAAGAAGCAAAAAAAGAAAGUUCGAUCCUAUAGCAGAGAACGAGGUCAAUACCGUGCCAGCAGUUGGCAGCGCACGGAAAGGAGAAGGCACCGGUCCCGCAGUCGUAAUAGAAAUAGUGUCCGGAGAAAAUCCAGAUCAAGAUCUGGUGAAAUGGACAAAAUUAAAAGGGAAACGAGCCAGAAGAAAUCUUUAUCUGACUCUGAUCAAGAUGACCGAUGCAACACAGACGGAGAGAGAAAAUCGUCAUCUACGUGCUCACUAUCUUCUGUGUCUUCUUCAUCACCAGCAAGGUCACAGAGCCCAAAGGGGAUUUCUUUUGGAGGUCUUGCUCUGCAAGAUUGUUUGAAUCUAAAAGAUGAAAACAAGAAAAAAAAGGAGCUUAUGAAAGCUAUGGAAACGCCAGAGGAAAAAAGAGCCAGGCGUUUAGCCAAAAAAGAAGCCAAAGAGAGAAAGAAACGGGAGAACAUGGGCUGGGGAAAAGAGUACAUGGGGUACACGAAUACGGAUAACCCAUUUGGAGAUAACAACUUGCUAGGCACUUUUACCUGGAGCAAGGCACUGGAAAAAAAAGGAAUCGGUCAUCUUGCAGAAAAAGAUUUGAAAGAGAGAAAUAAGCGGAUCCAAGAAGAUAAUCGCUUAGAGCUGCAGAAAGUGAAACAGCUGCGAUUAGAGCGUGAACGAGAAAAAGCUAUGAGAGAGCAGGAACUGGAGAUGUUGCAGCGAGAAAAAAGAAGCCGAGCACUUUAAGACAUGGGAGGAACAGGAAGACAAUUUUCAUCUUCAACAGGCAAAGCUCAGAUCCAAAAUCCGCAUUCGGGAUGGUCGUGCUAAGCCUAUUGAUCUCCUGGCAAAGUACAUAAGUGCAGAAGAUGAUGAUUUAG